AUGAAAAUGGUAAACCUUGAAACUUGGCGCGCUCGUUGUUUUCCCUCCCAAAGGAGUGAGAGUUUGCAGAGCAGAGAAGCAUGGUUAACGGAAAAUAACAACGCAGAUCCAGAUGACUUCCAGUCAAUGGUCUCCUUUCUCGAACGCCACCAUUCAGACCAGUUCCACUCCAUUGUUUCUUCUCCCGAUUCCGACCUUCACUUCCCUCUUUUCGUCGAUUUUGCUGAACUGUUUGAAGAGGUAUAUCGCGUUGCUUGUCUCCUCUUGUUCCAACCCAAUACCUAUUUGCGAGUAUUCGACGCAGCUGCCCUUUCGGCCCAGAAAACCGUAUUGGCGGAUUGUAAGAAAGGGGUGGAGAAAAAGUCCAUUCAUGUUCGUAUUAACACCUGUGGCUCAGUCCUUGAAUUCCCUGAAACUUUUCCAAGCAUUGGACGUGUUCGCGUGCAGCACCAUGGAAUUCUUCUCACUCUCAAAGGGAUAGUGAUUAGGUCUGGAGCAAUGAAGAUGCAUGAAGGGGAGAGGACGUACAUGUGUCACAAAUGCAAAAACAGCUUCCCAGUACAUCCUUUGGUGGAAGCUCGAAACUCCAUAUCAUUACCUUCCAUUUGCCCAUUUCAGAAUUCCAAGCCCUGUUCCGGCACGAAAUUUCAGUAUGUAGAGAACACUAUAGUAUGCCAUGAUUAUCAGGAGAUAAAAAUUCAAGAAAGUACACAGGUGCUAGGUGUUGGGGCAAUUCCUCGUUCAAUUCUUGUCAUCUUAAAGGAUGACCUCGUUGAUGUUGUUAAAGCUGGAGGUAUUCACUUCAAAUUUUGAUAACUAUUGUAUCCCAUACACAUUGAUAUUUAACAUAUGACUUGAUCUAGGGGUUAUUACCGCUGGAAAUUAUGAGCAGGUUUCAGUUAAUGUGUGGUAGCUCUAUUUCUCAUUCACUAGUAUUUGAUCUAAGAAAUAUAGACCUUGAAUUAUGGUUUUUCCUUUCAGAAAAUUAUGAAUGAUGCAUCUUUGGAUUUCUUUAUACAAAUCUAUUAUAAUUUCUAUUUUGUCAUAUUGGCCUUACUUGAGAUAAGUUGUUAAUAUGUGAGAAAGUCUUAUUUGUGUUGUAAAUGGCUUCCACGUCUUUUUAGCUUGUCUUGACCUGACAUGAAUUACUUUUUAUGCUUACCGAUUCUUAAUGACUGUAAGAAUUAGUGUGCAUUCGAAAUUGGAUUUAGAUUUUGUAAGUUGAGUGGUCCCUCUUUAUAAUCCUCAUCGAUAAUGAUGCAUUUCUCUCUUCUUUUGUCAAUGGAAAUAUUAAUUUUGUGCCUACUUUUUCUUUUCUCUAUUUGUAUCCCUUGUUACAUCUUUAGACUGUUUGUUAAAUAAUAAGGAAUCUUGUUAUGUGUAUAUUUAUUUCAAUGCCACGUAGUAUUGGGUCAUUUGUUUUAGACAUGGGCUUUUCAGUAGAAAACGUAAUUUUUAUUGCAUUAUUUUCUUGACAAUUUGAUGGUCUGAAUAUGCUAAAGCUGGGGUAUUGGAAGAGAAUACUGACAAAUUAUUUCUGGUAACUAUCAGAAAAUGAAAAGCCGGAAUUUCUAUUAAAAUUAGAUUAUGUGCGUUGUACCAUGUAGGUAUGCAUAGAAUACUUUCUUAUUCCUUGUAAUUUGGAUUGGUCUUCCCACAUUUUUUUAGGGGCAUACGACUAAUACAACAGAUUUGUAGCCUAAAUCCUUAGGUUAGCAAUUAUUUAUUCAUGCGCUUAUAUACUUGUGCAUAUUUCUGUAAAUAAACAGAAAAUAAUAUAGAGUUUCAGUUCUCUCUUUAAGUAAUUGGA